UGAUCUCGUCACCAAAGCAGCAGUAGCAUAACAAGAAGAAGCUUUAACUGCAUUAACAUAUCCGAGCUGCACUGCAAUGGCCAACAACCACGAAGCCGCCGCUGUCCUCCUGAUCGCGUCCCUCCUGGUGGCGGCAAGCCUCACCGCCGACGCGAGGAUCACCGUCCAGGUUAUGCGUGCGUCAGUGGAGGGCUCCAAGGCGGUGUCGGUGCCGGCGCUGACGUGCAACAAGGUGCACGGGGUGCAGACUGGCGAGACCUGCUUCUCCUUGGCGCAAGGCUCCGGCUUGACCCAGGAAGACUUCCUGGGAUUCAACCCCAACAUCAACUGCGCCAGGGUCUUCGUUGGCCAGUGGGUCUGCCUUGACGCUUCCUCUGCUUAAGUUGUACAGUACUACGCACCUGAAGUCCUGAACACCGCUGCUGCCUACAGUACCGCCCUACGUACUCCUACUAUGAAUAAGGAGGCGCGCUAGCUCUUCCGUAUGCCCCACAGUUCUCCGCUAAAUAUUUGUAUCUUCCUCGCAAAAAAGAGGUGCUUGCUUGCUGUCUGAAGUAGUCCGUCGUCACUCGUCACUCUGUCUUUGUAUACUAGCUAUGGCUAAGUAUCUGAUUCCGUUGACCGUGUCUGAUUUUCAGUUUACUCCUUAUAAUUCGUCCCUGUCUUCUGGAUAAGUUGGCAAUCUAAAGGGAUCCCGUAAA